AUGUCCCAGCUAAAUACCAAUUUGCCAGAUACCUUAAACGAAGCUGUGCUGAAGGCUUCUGAACCGCUAUCUGAUGAUUAUGUUAAGGUCCAUGGUAUCGAUUACUCUAAGCCCGAGGCCACAAACAUGAGGGCAGCGGAUCUAGUAGAAUCUAUGCGGACGAUGGGAUUUCAAGCCAGUGCGCUAGGCCAAGGCUGUGAAAUUAUCGAUGAGAUGAGAACUUGGAGAGGGAAACACCGCGAUGAGCUAGAGGAACACGACAGAAAAGGGUCAUUUGACGAGCAGGGCAGACAAAAAACUACAAUUUUCUUGGGCUACACUUCGAACUUGAUCAGCUCAGGGUUACGUGAAACCAUUCGUCACUUGGUACAACACAAACAGGUCGAUGCUAUUGUCGCAACCGGAGGUGGUAUCGAAGAGGACCUUAUCAAGUGUUUGGCUCCUACAUACAUGGGAGACUUCACUCUGAAAGGUGCCUCUUUGCGUGACAAAGGGCUCAAUCGUAUCGGAAAUCUUUUGGUGCCCAACGACAAUUACUGUAAAUUCGAAGAGUGGAUUGUGCCUAUCUUGGACAAAAUGUUGGAAGAACAGGAAGAAUACGUCAAAGAGCACAAGCUGGACUGUUUGGAUGCCAAUACUGAUGUCGAGUCUCCAAUUUGGACGCCUUCGAAGCUUAUCAACCGUCUGGGAAAGGAAAUAAACGACGAAUCCUCUGUCUUGUACUGGGCGUACAAAAAUCAGAUCCCAGUCUUUUGUCCCGCGAUCACCGAUGGCUCAAUUGGGGACAUGCUUUUCUUCCACACUUUCAAGUCUUCCCCCCGCCAGUUGCGCGUGGAUAUCGUCGCAGAUAUCCGUAAGAUUAACUGCAUAUCUAUGGAAGCCUCUAAGGCAGGUAUGUUGCUACUGGGAGGUGGUUUGAUCAAGCAUCACAUUGCCAACGCGUGCUUGAUGCGUAAUGGUGCAGACUACGCGGUUUAUAUCAACACUGGUCAAGAGUUUGACGGUUCUGACGCAGGUGCCAGGCCUGAUGAGGCCAUUUCCUGGGGUAAGAUUAAAGCAAAGGCCAAGUCCGUCAAAAUUUACGCUGAUGCGACUGUUGUGUUUCCUCUCAUUGUCGCUGCUACGUUUGCUAGCGGCAAGUAA